AUGAAUGUUGCAAAGUAUCCUGUUGGAAUUGACUCUCGUGUCAAAGAUAUACUUCAUUUAUUGCAAACUCAAAGAAAUGAUGACACCAAGAUGUUUGGAAUUUUUGGCAUGGGUGGUGUCGGAAAAACAACCCUUGCUAAAGCUAUUUACAACUUGAGUUUUCAACGAUUUGAAGGUUGUUGUUUUGUUGCAAACAUUAGAUCAAAGGUUGCGGAGGGUCACAAUGGUUUAGUUCGUUUACAAGAGAAACUUCUUUGCAAAACACUCAACAGAAAGAAACUUGAAAUAGAUAAUGUUGAUGAAGGGAUAAGUUUGAUUAAAGAAAGACUACGAUCAAAAAGUGUUCUUAUUGUUCUUGAUGACAUAGACGAUACUAGUCAACUAGAAUCAUUAGCCGGACAACGGAAUUGGUUUGGUCCAAGGAGCACAAUUAUAAUAACAACUAGAGAUGUUCAAUUGUUGAGUGACAUGGAAGCACACGAGAAAUACAUGGUAGAAACGUUAAGCCCUGAUGAAUCCUUCCAACUCUUGAGUUGGCAUGCUUUUGGUGUUCCUAUACCAUUAGAGGAGUAUAUUGAACUAUCCAAAAGGAUAGCAAGUUAUACUGGUGGACUUCCAUUAGCACUUCAAAUUAUAGGUUCUCAUAUGCGUGGCAAAUCAGUGCAAGAAUGGAGUGAUGAUGCGGAAAAAUUAAGAGGGAUACCUCAUGAUGAUGUUCAAAAAAUUCUUAAAAUAAGCUAUGAUUCACUUGAUGAUGAUACUCGAAAUAUCUUUCUUGAUAUUUCUUGUUUUUUUAUUGGGCACAACAAAAAUGACACUUCUAUGAUAUUGGAAGCUUGUGGUUUUUAUGCUAAAAGUGGAAUCAGAAUUUUGAUUGAAAGAUGCUUGUUGACAAUAGAUAGAUUUGGAAAGUUUGAAAGGCUUCAGAUGCAUGAUUUAGUACGAGAUAUGGGAAGAGAAGUUGUUCGAAAAGAAUCUCCACAAGAGCCGGGCAAGCGAAGUAGAUUGAUUGACCCAAAGGAAGUCUUUGAUGUUCUUCACGGGAACAAGGGCACGGAUGCAAUUCAAGGGAUGAUUGUAAAUUCUAAGAUGUUAAAGGAUGGGCCUUUCAGUACGGAAGCAUUAGAAGGGAUGAAAAAUUUACGGAUACUCAUAUUGAAUGGUGUGUGUCUCAGCGGAUCUUUUGAAUAUUUAUCCAAUGAGAUUAGGUUGUUUAGAUUAUACAAUUGCCAUUUGAGUUGCAUGCCAUUUAAUAUUCGCUGUGAGAAACUUGUUGAGUUAGACAUGGAAGGUAGCAAUAUCAAAGAAUUCCAAUGCAAUAUGCAGCAUUUUAGAUGCUUGAAGAUCUUAAAGUUUGAUUAUUGUAAUCUUGAGAAAACACCAAACUUCAUUGGGGCACGUACUCUUCAAAAAGUGUCCUUUGUGGGUUGUUGGAAUUUGGUCAGGGUGCACCCAUCAAUUGAACGUUUGGAGAAACUUGUUGAGUUAGAUUUCACAUUUUGCCAGAAACUCGAGGUUCUUCCAAGUAACAUUUGCAAGUUAAAAUCACUUGAAGUUUUGAAGUUAUAUGAUUGCUACAAACUGGGGGAGCUUCCAGUUGACUUGGGAAAGUUAGAGCAACUAAGAGAUUUAUUUGCUGGUGGAACUGCCAUCUCACAUAUACCAUUUUCUUUGGGAUGUUUGAGAAAUCUAAGGGAACUGGAUCUGCAUCAGUGCACUGAGAAAUCAGGUGAUGGUGCAAAUUUGUGCUCCUGGGAAGUUAUUGGGAAUUUGACCUCAUUGGAAUCUUUAAAUUUAUCAGGAAGAAGUUAUCUUCAAAGCUUACUCUUCCGCCUUUGUCAUCUUUCAAACUUGAAAUGUCUCCGCUUGGACGAUUUGCAAAAUCUUAAAGAACUUGUAGAACUUCCUUCUAGUUUGGAGGUACUCUCUGCAAUUAAUUGUGUCUCAUUGAAAAAAAUAACAGUUGUAUCAAACUUGAAGAAACUUUACUGGUUGGAUCUUGAAAACUGUGAAAGUUUGGUUGAGCUUCCAAACAUGGAGACUCUUUCAUCCUUAUCAAUGCUUUGCAUAAGGAAUUGCAAUGCUUUGAGUAUUCCUGACAACUAUUUGCAAGAUGAAGAUCUUCCAAUUGCUCAUAGGAGUCUGUCAUCAUUUAAAGAAAGAGAUUUAAUGGGAAGAUAUUAUCUUCAAAGUUUACCAUGCCAUCAAUAUUCCAAUUUGAUAUGUCUCAACCUGAACAAUUGGCAGAAUCUUAGAUCACUUCCACAACUUCCUCCUAAUUUGAUAGAACUCUAUACAAUAAAUUGUGUCUCAUUAGAAAAAAUAGCAGAUCUAUCCAACUUGAAAAGACUUCGAUGGCUAUAUAUUCAGAACUGCAAAAGAUUGGUUAAGCUUUCAGGCUUGGAGGGUAUUUCAUCCUUAUGUGGUCUUGGGAUAGCAAAUUGCAGUAGUUUGAGGAUUCCUCCGAUUGAAAAGUGGUUCAAGGCACCUUCUAAAGGUGAUAGUGUCCAGAUUGCGAUUCGAGUGGACGAAGGAGAGAUAUUCUGCGAUUUUCCUUCAAUGAUUUCAUUCUGUGAACGCGAUGAUGAUUUAAUUGAUAAUUAUGUAAUUGAUGGUUGUACUUUGAGCGUGAGAAGCAAAAGCAGUGGUGCUUGGAUUCUAAAGGAGCACAGUCAGAUCAUAUAUAUUCAUCAUUUUGAGGUUCCAACAAUGAUGGGAGAAGUACUGGAGGUGUAUGUAGAACUCCAUCCUUUGCAGAAGAUAUAUUGUUUAGCUGAAAUACAUAGAAACAGAGAAGGGGAAGUGCGUGUCUUUCCAUCCACGAGGGGAUGCAUUCCUUCCUAUAAGGAAGAAGAUGGAGAGAGGAAGAGGAAAAGGAAGGUGCAGAUAGGUUGA